AGCGGGAGGAGGACGGAGUUAGUAGUUUGGUGUGUGUGUGUGUGUGUAUUGAGAAAGAGAGAUUCAGGCCAUCACUCUAUGUAAGCGAUAGUAAAAGAAAGCAUUAGAGACAAAAGAGAGCAUGGAAACCACCUUGGCCCUUGUGAUUUUGUCAUUGGUCCUUUGCCAUCUGUCCAUCACUGCUGCACUGCACUGGAGGAGAGUACUGUACCCAUCUGCCUUUAGAGUGAAGAGAGGAACUCCAGCACUGCUUAACCCCUCAAUUCAGAGAUCAGUGGAGGACGCCAACCUGCUCUAUGAGGUGGUGUGGUCAGGGCUGUAUGUGGAAGCAGAGAACAACGUGCUCCACGUGGCUGAUGAGGAACUUGGUUCUCUUCGGAGACUGCAGCCCCUGGAGGUAGUCUGUGAAGACGUUCUCCCGAGGACUCUGUCAGAUAUCCGCCGCCUCUGCCAUCAUCUGGAACAGCACCGGGCUCGCUUGAGCAAGGAAGACUUUGAGCGGACCGUGCUUACCAUGGUGUACACGGCUCAGCGAAUAGCACAGAGCAACAUGGACCAUCAGAGGGAGCUGUGGGCUGAUACACUGCUUCAACUCUAUAAAAGUAUUAAAAAAGACCUUGGGGCAGAGUGACAACACUCUCAAAACAUUACAAUACUAAUGUACAAAAUAUUAUGUCAAAAUUGUAUACCACUAUACUACUGUACUAGCAUUGUAUAGCACUCUUACAACCAAAUUUUGUCGUGGUCUGUCUCACUUCCUGACUGAGCCAGAACUCUAAAGAGCUUUUUUUGUAUAAACCUAGGUGGACCAACGGCAUCAUUUAUUCCGCAAUCAACCUAAAUUAACUUUUUUCCAAACAAAUCUAGAAUUGAAUAUAAUUUUUUUUUUUUAAAUGAAUAAGUUGAAAUAUACGUUCUUGACCUUUGGAUGUCCAGAUGUCUUCAUUAGAUGCUUAAGCUACACAU